AUGAGUGCCCCAGUUAUAUCUUACCAGGAGGGCGAUCUUGUUUAUACAAACUCUGAUGCGGCAAGGCCCGCGUUCCCGCAAUUUGUCGUUUCCCAUUCGUUGGACGGGCGGGAGUUCCUGACUACAGAAGAUACGCCUCUGAACAAACGGCAUUUCAUUUACCAACCAUGUGCGCCGAACCCGCUUCUCACGCAGAUGAAGUACUGCACGAGCGAGUAUCCAUAUGAGUGCUCGGGGAUCAACACCAUGGACAGGUCUGACAUGCUGGCAAUGGAGGCAGGGUCAAACGACUGUGUGAGCGUGCCCGCGAGCUGUGGCUGGCGCAGCGGCCGCUGCGACGUAUGUCUAAAGGAAGGCAUGGUAUACUGGGAGAUAGAGCUGCUUGCGGGAGGCGCAUCUGCAGCAGGGGAGGGCGAGGACGAAAAGAAAAAUCAUCAGCAGGCGCUGAACUCGACACCCCAUGUCCGGUUUGGCAUUGGCCGGCGGGAAUGCUCAUUGGAUACUCCGGUUGGUUGUGACUUCUAUGGGUAUGGGAUCCGCGAUAACCAGCUGGAAUCCGUACACGAUGGGAAACUGUCGCAGGUGUUACCGCCAACGCGACUUAAACCCGGCGACCGCAUUGGGUUACUUCUCAUGCUACCAAGCUUUGAUGAGCAAUACGAACAAGCUAUGGAAUAUACGAGCUAUAAGGUACAGGCACUUUCGGUAACCCCCGGGAAUUCCGAGUUUGCGAAGAAACGGAACAAAAGCACAAACAAGGAAUUCCAAAAAGCGCUCUUGCGCAACCACGAUCCUAAGAACAUUAUCCGCGACCAUAUUGCGAUUCGAUACAAGAAUCAGCUUUUUUUUGAGUCGACAGAUUAUGUGAGAACGACUAAACCUGAAUACUAUACUUCGGAUAACCGGAGGCGUGCCGAUUUCUACCAGCUGAAGGGCUCCUAUCUGAAGGUAUUUCUAAAUGGCAAAGAACUGGGGAAUGCAUUUGAAGGGCUACAGCCUUUUCUGCCGCCAUUUAGCGAACUCAACUAUAAUGAAAAGUUUUACAUGAAUCACUGGAAGUUUCAUUCCGAAGCCAUACCCUCGCGCGGGACGGACAGAAAUAGCAUAUUGAAAAACAAGUACACCAAUAACGGCAGAUUGGGGUAUUACCCAAUGGUAAGCUGUUUCAAUGGUGGUGUGGUGCGCAUUAUCACCCGUAAAUCAGAAUUAAAGUACUGGAACUUUGCAGUAAAUGAGGGCAUACAACGUGUUCAUACGCUGGAAGAACUUCACCAACAGCAGACUGGGGAAGAUAUUGCCCUUGAUAUUAUUGACGAACUCGAACUGGAGGCAAUAUACGGCAGCUUGAAAAGUUAG